AUGGAGACCCUGCAGGGCGUUGGGUUAUUUGUAGGAAUUAUUUUGAGGAGUGUCCGUAUAAACCUUCGUAUAGCGUUACGGAUUCAGCUGCGUAGCUGCAAGCCAGGGGGCCAGCGCCUCUAUGUGUGGCACAGAGCAGUUCACCAUCUUUGUAUAUCAUUGCUGCUGCUCCAGAUUUUUCUCCUGGAAAGACGGAGCCAUCAGUCCAAAUUUCAUAAUGGGUACGCGGCGGCGGUUCUGUGCCUUUACGGCGAAAGUGACGGGCUAUCCAACGCUCGGAUGCUUCUCUUUUCUGUUCUUCAGGGUCAUCAGCUGAUACGUUUUCCAGUGAUGUGA